ACGCCCCUAGUCUUAUGACCCGCGCUCAAGCUCCUAUUCCUGGCUUUCGCAUCGUUGUGGUCGGUGGUCGGCGGAGCUCCUGCACCAGUUCCGGGAGCCUUUUCCCUGGUGUUGCUGCUCUUGUUGCUGCCGCCGCCGCCGCCGCCGCCUGUUCUGCGGGAUCAUGGUGUGCUUCCGCCUCACCCCGGUUCCGGGCUCGGGGCUCGUUCUGCUCUUCCUCGUCCUGGGAGCUGUCUCAUCUUAUGCACUGGAACUUAAUUUGACAGAUUCAGAAAAAGCCCUUUGCCUUUAUGCAAAAUGGCAGAUGAAUUUCACAAUACGCUAUAAGACUACAAAUGAAACUUACAAAACUGUAACCAUUUCAGACCUUGGCACUCCAACAUACAAUGGAAGUGUUUGUGGGGAUAACCAGCAUGGUUCCAGAAUAGCGGUACAAUUUGGACCUGGUUUUUCCUGGACUGUAAAUUUCACGAAGGAGGUGUCUGCUUAUUCAAUUGACACCAUCUCGUUUUCCUACAAUACUGGUGAUAACGCCACAUUUCCUGAUGCUGAAAAAAAAGAAAUUAAGACUAUUGAUGGCCAUGUGGCAUUGAAAAUUCCAUUGAAUGACAUCUUUAGAUGCAAUAGUUUAUCAACUUUAGAAAAUAAGGAUGUUGUCCAGCACUAUUGGGAUGUUCAUGUACAAGCUUUUGUCCAGAAUGGCACACUGAGCACAAACGAGUAUCUGUGUGAGAAAGAUAACACUUCAACCACAGCGGCGCCCAUCGUUCCCAGCACUGUGCCAUCUUCUACUACAACGCCAUCUUCUACUACAACACCAUCUCCUACUACGACACCAUCUCCUACUACAACGCCAUCUGCUACUGCAACACCAUCUCCAAAGGGAAAACCAGACGUUGGAUCCUAUUGGGUUAAAAAUGGCAGUGAUACUUGUCUUCUGGCUACCAUGGGGCUGCAGCUGAACAUCACUCACGAUAAGGUUGCUUCGGUUAUUAACAUCAACCCCAAUGCAACUGGUUUCAGUGGCAGCUGCCAUCCUCAAACUGCUCUACUUCGGCUGAACAGCAGCAGCAUUAAGUAUCUUGACUUUGUCUUUGCUGUGAAAAAUGAAAACCGAUUCUAUCUGAAGGAAGUAAACAUCAGCAUGUCUUUGGCUAAUGGCUCUGUUUUCAGCGUUGCAAAUAACAACCUUAGCUACUGGGAUGCCCCCCUGGGAAGUUCUUAUAUGUGCAACAAAGAGCAGACUGUUUCAGUGUCGGGAGCAUUUCAGAUAAAUACCUUUGAUCUGAGAGUUCAGCCUUUCAAUGUGAAGGAAGCAAAGUAUUCUACAGCUCAAGACUGCAGUGCAGAUGACGACAACUUCCUUGUGCCCAUAGCGGUGGGAGCAGCCCUGGCAGGAGUACUUAUUCUAGUGUUGCUGGCUUACUUUAUUGGUCUCAAGCGCCAUCACGCUGGAUAUGAGCAAUUUUAGAACCUGCAAUCUGAUUGAUCAUAUAAAAAUACAUGUACAUAACAAGGUUUUCUUGCCUCUUGGCUUUGAAACACUUCGCUCUUUAAGAUUGAUAUGUUGAAACUUUAAUUCUUAAAUCAGUCCCAGCAUUUUGAGAUAAGUCUUUGCUAAUAAAAACUUUGAUCAACUGAAAAUAAAAAAAUCUUGUAUUUACUGGUCCUGAAGGCAAACUUGUUAGAAAGAACAUCGGUGCACAAUGUUUUAAGGUCUAUAUUAAGAAGCUUUGGCCAAAUUUUGAUCCUAACCUCAGAUGCCUUAAACUUAUUAAUGUGGCCAUUAUGAGAAUAAAAUAGGUAGCUGUUUCUUAAUGGAAUUAAUAAAUAUUGUUUCACUACCGGUGUUCUGUUUCAAUGUAUAAGAACUGUCCUGAUUUAAACUCAUCCCUGUGCCUUUGCAUAUAGUUCAUUAAAUAAAUCUUGAUGUGGCAUAAAUGCCCAUCAGAUACACUCAGACUUGGUUUUCAGUUGAAUGUGCUCAGGACCAUCAGCAUUUUUUAGGUUUUGUGACUUUUGCUGAUACCUUUGAGUUCAAGCUAAGGAUGAAGUCAGUAUCUCAGGCUUGUGAUUUUUUCCUAGGUUAAAAAACAGACCCAAGAGGACACAACAGAACUUAAACUGGCUUCAGAAUUAGAGUUUAAAAAAAAAUAUUUCUUUUUCAGCAAUAUAGACUGAAGAGAUUCAAGCAUAUUUAACCACUUGCCUUUUUUUUCCUUGUGUUUUUCUCUUCUUUAGAUGCCUGAUUAGCACUGAAAGAUAGAAAUAGUCUAUGAACUAAUUAGGACAGAUUGUGUUGUGUUUCUCUACCUCAUCUUGUUGAUCUCUAGAGCAUUAAAAUCUAUUUAGUGUUGUCAUCAGACAGGUACUUAUGAAAUGUAAGCUAACAGCAAUCUCAGAAGGGAGGCAGUGAAGCAUAGCAACUAGCCUCUUGCUUCUUCAAAACGGCCCCUGUGGGGCAGAGCAUAGAUAGGGGUGUAGAGAGAAGCUGUUGGCAUUAAAAUGAACUAGAUCAGCCCCUGUUGAAGCAUACUCCAUGUUAUAAGUGCGGCACACAUAUAUUGAAUGUAUAACAGACAUAUAAGAAGGAAGCUUAAUAGACUUGAGAAGACGUUCACACUGAAGUGAUUAUUUUGUUAAUUCAUUCUAUGUGUAUACUGUUUUUUUCAGAAUUUCUGUAACUCACUGAUUGCAGGAUCUUGGUACCCAGCCAUCAGUCUCUGAAGGCUUUCACUAAAAUAUAUAAAUCCUUUCAACAAAGGCUAACGUCGUCACUGAAAUUCGUAUUAUAUAC